AAACAGCAACCGUCGAUCUGGAUCCCUAAUGAAUCUACCCCAUAUUGCGGACACCAAGGGACCUCCCCCACCACCACUUGCCUAUAAAACUCGCCCCCUUCCAUCCCCUCAAACUCGCCAUUCUCUCACAGGGCUCUGCUUUGAGAAAACUUGCUCAUUGUCACACUCUCUCUCUCCCCGAAUCCGAGCUUUGCAGAAAUGGAGACCUUCCUAUUCACAUCCGAAUCAGUCAAUGAGGGACACCCAGACAAGCUCUGCGACCAGGUCUCCGAUGCAGUACUCGAUGCCUGCCUAGCACAGGACCCCGAUAGCAAGGUUGCUUGUGAGACUUGCACCAAAACCAACAUGGUCAUGGUCUUUGGAGAAAUCACAACCAAGGCCAAUAUAGAUUAUGAGAAAAUUGUGCGUGACACUUGCCGUGCAAUCGGAUUUGUCUCUGAUGAUGUGGGAUUGGAUGCUGACAACUGCAAGGUCCUCGUCAACAUUGAGCAGCAAAGCCCUGAUAUUGCCCAGGGUGUCCAUGGGCAUCUCACCAAGCGACCUGAGGAGAUUGGUGCUGGUGACCAGGGCCACAUGUUUGGCUAUGCUACAGAUGAAACCCCUGAGUUGAUGCCUCUUAGUCAUGUUCUUGCUACUAAGCUUGGUGCUCGAUUAACUGAUGUCCGAAAGAAUGGUACUUGUGCAUGGCUGAGACCCGAUGGUAAAACCCAAGUGACUGUUGAGUACCGCAAUGACAAGGGUGCCAGGGUCCCUAUUCGGGUCCACACUGUUCUCAUCUCUACUCAACAUGACGAGACUGUCACUAAUGAUGAGAUUGCUGCUGAUCUUAAAGAGCAUGUCAUCAAGCCUGUUAUUCCCGAGAAGUAUCUAGAUGAGAAGACUAUCUUCCAUCUUAACCCAUCUGGCCGUUUUGUUAUUGGUGGACCUCAUGGUGAUGCUGGACUUACUGGCCGCAAGAUUAUCAUUGACACCUACGGUGGGUGGGGUGCUCAUGGUGGUGGUGCAUUCUCCGGAAAAGACCCCACCAAGGUUGAUAGGAGUGGAGCUUAUAUUGUGAGGCAGGCUGCGAAGAGUAUUGUUGCAAAUGGGCUUGCUCGGAGGUGCAUCGUGCAGGUUUCAUAUGCCAUUGGUGUUCCGGAGCCUUUGUCUGUGUUUGUGGAUACAUAUGGGACUGGAAAGAUUCCCGACAAAGAAAUUCUCAAGAUUGUAAAGGAGAGCUUUGAUUUCAGGCCGGGCAUGAUCUCCAUUAACCUGGAUCUCAAACGGGGUGGCAAUGGCAGGUUUUUGAAGACUGCUGCCUAUGGGCAUUUUGGCAGAGACGACCCUGACUUCACAUGGGAAGUGGUUAAGCCCCUCAAGUGGGAUAAGGUUCAAGCUUAAUGAAGACAAAGACGUCAUUGUUGCCUGCUGAUCUGCCUUGCCUCUUGGCCUAUAUGUUAUUACUUUUCGUUCCAUUUGUUAUGAGUUAUGACUUUUGGUUCCAUUUGUUUGUUACUCCUGAAAAAAUUGGCUUCAAAAAAUCCUGUUGGUUAUUUCCACAGGGGAUCCAUAAGUGAAUUUGUUACUGCUGGAGAUUAUAUUUUUAUAUAAUAUGCCAUAAAAGAGUUUGUUGCUAUUUGGCAGCAGAGCUGAAAUUGUAUGAUUGCUCCCUAGGAUCAAGUAAUAUCAUCUCAUGCCCAAGACACCAUGGCUGUGCUUUGAAAACAAGAGUAGUUCCAUAUGCACUAAAAAUUGUAUGCAUCUCCAGAGCGCUCAAAAUAAGCGCUUGUUCAGAUAGGCACUUUUUGUUGUGAGUUGGUGUCUUGAGGAGAAUCAAGGAGAGAUUCAAAACAGCAAUUGUUUGUCAUUUAGAUUGGACAUUGGAAAACAAUAUGGUGAUUAGCUCUAGUUUCUGCAUAUUUUUGGGACAUCUGCCGGACCCCUGUAGUAAUAUAACAAGGCAAUAAGUCAAACGUGGAACGCCAUUUGACAGAUAUGAAACUUACCUGCUUCUGCUUCAGCAACAGGGCAACUAUGCCAAUUGCCAAGCAGUUUUGUUCGAACACAAACAGACAGAUACAGCAGGUGGUUGGUUACAUUCGCAGCCAGUUUCUUCCGUCAGAAUCUACCUUUAGGAAGUUCGACAGAUGGGAUAUGACCAUAGCUUCAUGGCAUGAUUGCCUUGGAAAGGAAAAAACAUCUAUUUUAGAGCACAUCUAGCAGAGGUUAGGCUAGGCUAGGCGUAUUGGAUUGUAAAUUCUUGUACAAGUGUUUCUUUAUUGCUCAAUACA